CAGUCUGAUUUCUUCUCUGGCGAGGUAAGCAGCUUUCCUGCUGAACGGGUGAACAGCCUUCUCUGCUGGUUUUCCUUUCUGAGCUUUCGGCUGAAGCAGAAGUCAGCAAAGAAACAUAAAGAUCACAAACCAAUCCAUGAAGUCAGAUCAGAAAGUGUGAUGCUGUGACAGAAGAGGAGGAGGAAGUGGGCACACAAUGGCACUAUGUCUGCUUCUCGGCCUUGUAACAUGAGAGGCCCCCGACUGAAGAUCCCACUGUUACUGUUUCUGCUGCUGACCGCUCUGACACGGACAGUGUUGUGUGAUGAUGAAGAAACGGAAACAGAGAUUGCUACAGAAGAGGUGGACACAGGUGACCCAGAUGCAGGUCCUGAUGGUGACGCAGGGACCCCAGAACCGACUGAUCCUGGUGACACAACAUCAAACGAACCGAUCACAGAGGAAGAAGAUGGCUCAGGACGUAGCAAAGACGACGGAACAACAUUGGACCCUGGCGUUUCAGAACCAACCUCUUCUCCAGAGGAGGGAGAGGAAGAAGGUUUGAGUCCCAUUAUCAUCCUGAUCCCUGUGGUGCUGGUGGUCGUCAUCAUUGGCAUGAUAGUCUGCGGUAUUUUCAUUAACCGCAGGUGGAACAAUAAAGCCAGAGAUCAAGAUGUUCUCCCCUCAGAGCUAAGAAAAGAGGAUCCAUAUUUGGAUGGGUCCAGUACGGAGAAAGUGCCCAUGCCCAUGUUUGAAGAAGAUGUUCCCUCAGUGCUGGAGCUGGAAAUGGAAGAGCUGGAUCAAUGGAUUAAAAAGGAUGAUGACACUGCAGAGGAUUCUAAACAGGAAUGAGCUGAUGUUAUGGUUAACAAAGGACACUCUCCCGGUAUGCAAGGACACACAACCAACAAAGCUUUGCUGCCAGCUCGGAGUGUUUGACCUUCCAGCAACAUUUGUGACCGCAGGAACUAAUUUGACUGCCAGGAAACAACAUCACAACUCUUAAAGGACACUUACAAUGGACUUCAACUUGUUAAAUAGUGGCUCCAAAGUGAUCAGUAUUGUUCUUCUGAUGUAUUGUUUCUGCCUGUUUUUGAUUGUAUUGUAGAAUUGUUAAGCAGUAGUAUGUUAUUUGAGGAAAAUGCACAAUAUCUCCUGUCUUCACUAAUCAGCCAAAGUCAAACAUAAAAACACAUUUCAGCAGAUGCAAAACAUCCUCUUUCUGCAGACCGUUAAAGAGUUUGUGGUCUUGAAGUGCAUCAGACCGAUACCGUAUCCCUCCCAUGCAUGUGCAGAAAUGGCUGCUCACAGUUUCUGCUGGUAGUUCCUCUUCAGCUCAAAGCCUCUUUGUUGUUGUAUCACACUGUGUGACUCCCUCCAGCUGCAGGUCUUAAUGGGGAAAUAUCCUGUUGUAGAUUGCAGGCAUGCAUGACAGAGGAGGCCACUCCUUUUUAUUUCUGCUCACAGCUUAUUGAGAACUGUUUUUUUUUAUUCUGAGACUGAAACCUCACAGUGUGAAAUCAGUUGGAUUCUAUCUUUGCAUCUUUUGAUAAAUUAUCACCCCUUGCUGAAACAGCUUUUCUGAAAGCAGUUGCUGAUAAGAUUAGCAUCCCACCAUAGAUAACAACUCUCUGACUGAAUGCUUUAUGUCAAAAGAUGCUGCAUGUUCAAAUGUUUUGCUGCAGUUUGGGCUUUAAAGUGUCUUCAAAGCAGUUGUGACUCAGGUCUCAAUGCGAUCUGAACUUUCUAAACGUGUCAGUCAGUAUUUUGCAGUUUCUUGCACUGUAAGUAUAAGAAUGUAGUUAACCAAAGGUUAUAUUUUUUGGACAAUUCCUUCUAUAUGUUGUAAAUAUUUCAUGUAAGGCUUUAAUAUUGUUGUUUCGCUGAUGAAGCUUUGAAUAAAAUUUCAAUGGAUUAUUA